AUGACGGCGGCUGUAACAAAGUCUCGAAGCUAUGUUGAAGGCGGUUGCAAGCAGCUGAUGGACGCGGCCCGGAGUUCCUGGAGUUUCUUCGUGGGCGUGGGUGUGGCGGCAUUGCGAGAGAGGAAAUGGGCUGCGGCAUAUACACAUAGGCCUAUACCAAGAUCAGAGCUUAAAAAAAACGACACGCCCACACAACCACACCUACACGCCCAUACACCGCCACCACGCCCACAAACCCGCACCCUACAUCCACUACACGCCCAUACCUAUACUCCCUACACGCCCACGCCCACAUCCAGCCCCUAUAUACCCCCAAACAUACCCUCAAGCCUACACCCACGUCAAACCCAUACCCCUUACACGCCCACGCCCACACCCUAUACCCCUCCACCCAUACCCUCAGCCUACACCCACGUCACGCCCAUACCCUCUACACGCCCACGCCCACACCCUAUAACCCUCCAAACAUACCCUCAAGCCUACACCCACGUCACGCCCAUACAUCCUACACGCCCACGCCCACACCCUACAUCCCCCUAA